CUCCCUUCCGAGCUGAUCGACCAUAUCCUCUCGUACCUGUCGCCAGUCGACCUCACCUCAGUCAGCCAUGCAGACCGCACUUUGUACGCCCACGCCAGGGCCGACCAUCUGUGGCAGCGUAUCGUGCAGUCCAACGUGCCAGGCGUCAAGCUUACCACUCCUUACCCUUGUGCCUCGUUUCGCGAGCUCUACGCCGCCCACGACCCGCACUGGUUUCUUACGAAAAACAAGGUCUGGUUCGGCGACGGUAACUUUGCCGGCAAGAUGAUCAUUGCCCGGUACGAUGAGCGCCGUGGCGUGAUAGAGGCACACCAGCUGCUUGGCAACAACAUCCUCUCCCCCUCUGCGGCCAACAGCCCGAGCCUGAUGGAUGGUGACGUCCAGGUCCACCACUUUGACCCUCAGCUCCACCUGCACCUCGAUAAGCCCGUCCUGCGCAUUGACGCCGACGGGAAGGAGGCCGCUGCUCGUGCCAACAGCUCCAACACCCCUCCAACGAGCCUUCCCAGAUACUCAGAAGAGACGCACAUGUCGCUGGACGACAAGGUCCCCGUCUCCUCGUUCGACACGUUCAUGCUGGCUCGGGCUCUGCCGGCCCCCGAGGCCGAGGAGCUAGGCCGUCAGCCCUUCCCACACGGCAAUGUCUGGCCCCCGCCAGCCAUUCCGGCAUCAGAGAGGGUGACGGCUGCCCCCAUCAUGGGCGGUCUUGCAGACUCGAUGUCGCAGGAGCACCGACCCACGCAGCGCUCCGAGAUCAGUGAGACAUCGUUCCGCAUUCGGAGCUGGAUGGAGGCCAGACCGCCUGGUAUGCCCAUGGAGAACCGGGUUUCAUCUCACCCCUUUGGCGGUGCCAGCGACACCUCUCGUCCCUGGCUGCCGAGCUACCUGUAUGGCGGACGCCCGCCACCCGUCGCCCGCAUCGGCGAGAGGGUGACAACAUUCUCGACACUUGAACCUGAGUUGUACACGCCCACAGCCGACCAGCCAUGGAAGGGAAUAUGGGUGGGCGACUUUGGCUCACACGGGUGUGAGUUCCUCCUUAUCAAGCAGAACCAUCCGAGUCCGUUCGACGAGGCCGCCUUUGACGCCACGCGGGUUGAAAGCGAGACGGACGUCGAGUUCGCAGAACGCAAGACAGAUGCCAGGAGGUAUCGCGGGAGUCUCGAGGCUGUCAAGCUGACUGGUGAUGUCAAUGUGCCCCGUGGCGAGUGCAGCAUUUUUGUGGAUGACCUCGGUGAGGCCGGCUUUGUGACAACGGUCGAGGAGCAGCCGUUCACGGGCGCGAGAGUCGUACGCAGCAAGGGUCACAUUGCCCGGCCCGGGUUCUUGAAUGAUCGGUAUAUCGAGUCUCAACUGAUCCUGAUCUCGGAGAACAGGAUUGCGCAGUUCUGGGUUCACUUCAACCAGAUUAGCUUUUUUGAGAGGGUCGAUGUCGACAAAUUCUUGGGCCCCAACUAG